GCUCGCAUCGAACACACAUACUCUCUCUUUCUCUCUCUCUUUUUCUCUCUCUCUUUUUCUCUCUCUCUUUUUCUCUCUCUCUUUUUCCUAGUAAAUUUAUUUUUUGCGAUUUACGUUCGUUAUUAUUCAUCGAAAUGCUGUAUGUACUUCUUGUGAAUUCUUUUUGUCUCCCCCUCUCUCUCUCUCUCUCUCUCUCUCUCUCUCUCUCUCUCUCUCUCUCUCUCUCUCCCUCUUUUUGUUUCUUUGACUCGGUUCAUAAAUGAAAAUAACCUGUGAUUUAUCGUAACGUUUAAUCUCUAUCGUUUAUUUUUGUCGAUUUUAAAUUGUUACGUGGUGUUUCUUCGGUAACUUCGUGAUAAUGAUAUGUGUAGCGUAGACAAGUGACACUCACCGGACGGAUGAUUCGAUUGAAGAUUGUAAUCGUCGACUUGUAAGGUGCUAUUCGCUCCACUUCUUGUGAAUCUAACGACGUGAUAUUGAUUGUCGUUUACUUUGACACCUACUUCUCCGACUGGAUGAUCCCCUUAGAUACAAAUUCAAGAUGUCGUCGAAGAACAAGGAUACGCAAUUUCUAUACGGUCCUAAAGUAAAUGAAUCCUAAACAUCUAAAUCUCAUUCGUAAAUAGAGAAAUAUUCACGGUGAAAGGAGACAACUGAAACUUGAGGUUUAUUUGUUGAAACGACCGACCGACCGUUCGUUCAUCUAAUAGUUUGAUAAGACCGAAAUGGAUAACAACAUGGGGUUUGUCAAUGAAAUUGUGGAAAUAAGCAAGAAGAUGGACCAAUGAAAAGAUUUACGCAGAAUAUAUAACGUUAUACGAUGUCGAACUAUCUUCCUUGUUUGACCUAAAUAUAUCACGCGAAAUGAUUGGUGGACGGCAUCUUCGAUGUCAUAAGGGGGCAGAUAUGGAUUCUGGGAAAAUGUAGAACAGCAAUCCAUUAAAUGAUUGACAAUAUUUUUUUUUUUGCCUUUUUCUAAAUCGAAUAUAUACACUUAUCCGAUAUUUUCUAGCAUGUCUGUUCUUCUUUCUCUGAGAAUGCACUUUUUAUGAUCAAAACGAAACAACUAUAAGAAAAAUCGUUCGAUCAUUCGGUCGACGGUUCUUAGCUUGAUUAAUCCGAUAGUCACGUAGUAUACAGGAUUCUUUGGAGGAAGCUUCUUUAAAGGAAGCUUUGAGACCCAAUUAUAAAUUCUCUUUGAAUGAUAAACUUUAAAAUGGGAAAGAAUUUUCUUGAAUCAAAAAUAAAAAAUUCGUUCUUUUCUUGAUCGUCGAAUUAAUUCGCAAUUUCGAGAUUGACAUUGAUUUUUCAUUUGUUCUUUCGUCGACGUCUUUAAUUUAUUUUUACACGUUUUUUACAAGUGAUCCGAUAUUUUUCUAUUUUUUCCCCUUGUAUAGAAAUUAUUUCUGAAUUUUUCUAGGUUAAGUAAUAAAUGCAAGAUUUAUGAAUAGAUGAAGUCAUCUGUUAAUUUUAGACUGUAAUUUAAUAUCUUUAGACUUUUAGUCUUUAAUUUAAUACCUCUGCUUUCCGAAUUUGUUCUCGAUUGAUUCGAUACGUAUUGUAUCGCAUAUAUAAGAACAAAUUAAUCAGCAACAAGAUAUAGUUAUCUUUAUUGGAAAUUCUAUGUUAGUAAUUAAAUCUCGCAUAAUAAACUUUAAUAAUAUAAACUGAACAAAGAUUUAAUUGGUAAUAAUAUGGUUGUUAUAAUUUUCAAACUAAUUGUUUCCAUUCGUUAUCUUUCCCAUUUUAUUUUUGAUUAAAGUAACCUUCGAAGAGGAAUAAUGGUUAUUAGAUAAAAGGAACAGUACAGGUGGUAGAAUUUAGUUAUAAAUGCGAAGAGUCGAACAAGAAGACGUCGUUCUAUCUUAGCUGAGCAAAUCUAAGCUACGUAAACUAGAAGCAUUUCAUUCGUUUGAAAGAAAAAUCUUUAACCUGUCACGUUAUUUAAUUCAAGUUUCAAGAAUUUUUUAUUUUUAUCCUCGAAUAAAUCUAAAUCAAAAUGGGUAAGACGAUAUUGAUCAGUUCAUUACUCCUAUCGAUUGUCAUCGCAAUGGUGUCGUCGUUGGAUACAGCUGAAUCAAGAGAAUUACAUAGUCCUAGACAUCCACCCAUGAAAAGGUCGAUAAAUGUUCAGGCUGAUGGAAGACAACCUGAAUUUGAAAUUUAUUUGUUAAAACGACCGUCCCGUGGAAAUUUGGCUAUAGGAGGUGAAAACAAUCCGCUUGUUCAAACGGAUAACGUCGACUGCCAAUGCAAAUGUGGAAAAAAGAGAAAUGAUGGACUAUUCCAUGAUGAAAUCCUCAGAUAUAGCGAUCAUCCUGGUCAGCUUCGUGGAAAGAUCAUUAAUGUACCGCCAAAUUGUGCACCAAAUGAAACAUAUGUCGGUGGACGUUGUAGAGUCGUAUCUUAAGAGGUUCGAUAAUCCUUCUUUUAUUCUUCCAAAUCGAAUAUAUUAUACCCGUUUGAUAAUUUCUGACAUGUUUGUUCUUUUUUCUUUUUCUAAUAUAAUAAUGCAUUUUACAUGAUCGAAACAAAGUAUGGAUAUGACGUCGUUCGAUCAUAAAUCCAUUAUUCUCAGUUUGAUUAAACCUAUUAACGUGUUAGUCACGUAAUUUAUAAAAUUCUGUCGAAACCGAUAUUAGAAACUCUUUUGGCUGAUAAACGUCAGGGAUAGAAUUUCCUUGAAUCAAAUGUCUAAAGUUCAUUCUUUCCUUGAUCGUCGAGUUAAUUCGAGAUUCCGAGAUCAAUAUUGAUUGAAGAAUGAGUAAUCGAGAGACAGAGAGAGAGAGAGAGAGAGAGAGCAAGAAAGAAAUCACUCUUCAUGAUAGACAUGUCAAGAGUUUCUUUCGUCGUUUUAUCGAUGUCUUUCAUAACUUUUUCUUUUCUUUCA